CUUCGUACAUCUGACUAGCUCCACCCGCCGUGGUGGGGAAAAUGUAGUGUGGCGUUAUGUACAAAGUGCACUAUGCGGCUGACCGCAUUUCCCCUGAUCUCCGAUUGUAAAGAAGUUGCCUCGCUCAUGCGUCGAAGUAACGUGACGUUUUGUACUCCAUGUUCAGCUUAAUCUACCGAGCAGAUUCUAAGUCCUUCUCGGAACCACCUUGAUCGAGUUUCAACACCAAAGAUGGGCAGCCUCGACCAUGGCAGCACUCUGCCCUACUGGCACAUGAACGUGCCCGAAGCAGAAAGGACGUCAGAAUGCCCCGAGUUCCUGCGAACCCUCAAUGCCAAAGACCUCGGCAUCAUCCGCACGCCCGAUGCUGAAUACCACGUACUGAUGUGGCCUGAAGUCCAGAAAAUCAUCGCGGACAACCGGCUGGACCUGUUCCAGCGGGUUCCCUCGGAGCUGCGGCGGUACCUGGGCUACACGUGGAAGUUGAAGCAGGAGUACGGCAGCGUCAUGAAUUUCGUGCUCAACGAGCGGCUCCAUUGGAGCACGCCCAUUACUCCGAAGGGGAGUCGACCGUUCGAGUGUGAUGAGGACAUCAAAAUCUUGUGGAAUGAUUGGCCGUACGGAAUUGAUAAGCAGAUUGUGCAUUUAGUGGUUUGGACCAAGUUUGAUCUCGAGGAGAAUCCGGUUACGACAGACCUCACGGACAAGGCGAGGAAGGAUAUUGAUGAUUAUGUCAAUAACACGUUUGGCGCAAUGGUACCGCGGGAUCGUUAUAUCUGGUUCAAGAACUGGAGAUCUCUCAAAUCCGUGCAGGCCGUCGAGCAUUUCCAUGUCAUGUUGUUCGAUCCUGAUCCGAACUUUAUCAAGGAGAUCACGAAUGGUGAUAUUCCCUUGUGUCAGAAAGUUUAACACACGCAACCCAGUCUUGGACUGACUUGUCUGGCAGAGUAUACCACAAGAGCCGUGGAUGUACUCAUAAUGUUCAACUCAUCAUUGCCCAACAUGUGCCGCUCACAAAUAUGUGAGCACGCAACUACUGAGAAGCUGACAAUGGCUGGCUUGAAGACAUCUGAUAUUGUGCAGUCAUCUUUAUGGCAAAUCUGCUCCCAUCUUGAUUU